UAAUAUUGGAUUUUACUUUUUCUUAGGUAUUUUCCUAGUAAUUGCGAUUAAUGUUUUAUCAACAAACAAUGGAUCUUUAAUCCCAUCUAGAUGGGCUAUUCAUUCAGAAUCUGUAUACGGAUCUAUUUUAAAUAUGGUUCGAGAUCAAGUAGGAGCUAAAAAUGAGGUUUACGUACCAUUCGUAUUUACUUUAUUCAAUUUCAUUUUAUUCAGUAACUUAGCUGGUUUAGUACCUUAUUCUUUCACUACAACUUCUCAUUUAGUAUUUACUAUUAGUUUAAGUACUGUAAUUUUAAUUGGAGUAACAAUUAUUGGUUUCCAAAAACAUGGAUUAAAAUUCUUCGGAUUCUUUAUUCCAGCAGGAACUCCAUUUGCUUUAGUAUUCCUAUUAGUAGCUAUUGAAGUAAUUUCUUAUUUAGCUAGAGGACUAAGUUUAGGUCUUCGAUUAGGAGCUAAUAUGAUUGCAGGACAUUCUCUAUUAAAAAUUAUUUCUACAUUCACAUGGAAAAUGGUAGUAGCAGGACCUGUUCUAUUAUUAGUAAGUGUAUUACCUGUAUUAUUCUUAACUGCUUUAGUAGCUUUAGAAUUAGGUAUUGCUAUGUUACAAGCUUAUGUAUUCACUAUUUUAACUUGUUCAUAUCUAAAAGAUGCUAUCGAUCUACACUAA